AUGGCUUUCGGAGUCCUUGAGGAUCUUACUUUGGUUAAGGUUCCAGGGACGGUCGUUUUGACAAAUUCGGACGCGAACACGCUCGAAGAAUCUCAAAUGGAUGGCAAGUUGAAGAAGAUUGGAUCUAUUACACUACUUCCUCAACCAACCGACAGCUCCCAUGAUCCAUUGAAUUGGCCGUGGUUGAGGAAGAAUGUUCUCUUAGUCGUGAUUGCAUCAGCAUCUGGUGUUACGGUGUCACUGGGCCCCAUGAUAUCCCCUGGGCUGCCACUUCUGGCGAUGCAGUAUCAGAAGAGCCUUGACAUGAUAUCGACUUACCUAGUCGGUUUAUUCAUUCUUUGGACCGGUGUCUUCACAUUCUUUACUUCCGCAGCAGCCUCGGUCUGGGGCAAGAGAAUGGUAUUUGUGCUUUCUGCUGCGGCGUUGCUGGCACUUAACGCUUGGGGCUUCUUCGUAAAGUCGUUUGAGGAAUUUGUCGCGAUGCGCCUGCUCCAAGGAUUCGCCUCGGCUCCCUUCGAGACCCUUGUGACGUCCACUAUCCAAGACCUCUUCUUCGUCCACCAGCGUGGCCAGAAGAUGGCCAUUUGGGGACUCAUGUCAACUUGUGGGGUUCUCCUAGGCCAAGUCAUCUCUGGUGUUAUAAUCGAGCGACUAGGUGUCAAAUAUACCUUUGGUAUCAGCGCCAUGAUAUUUGUCCCCCUUUUGAUUGCGACCUUCUUCUUCGUCCCAGAGACAGUGUACCAGCGUGGUACACAUUUCAAAAUGGUGGAUAUCGUGAGUGACGAGAAGAUCACAACCACCAUGACUUUCCGAUCUAACGUUCCCGACCAUUCCCAGCAUUCAGCAUACGCGGUGUUUCGUGGCCGUGUUUCCAAUGAGAGUUUCUUGAGGCAGCUCAUAAAACCUUUCCCACUCUUCAUCUAUCCCGCGGUCGUGUUUGGUAGCUUCAUCUAUGGAAGCUUCUUCACGUGGCUAGUGGCACUAUCUGUUCUAUCCGUACCAAUGUUCGCAGCACCACCCUACAACCUGACACCCUCGCAAGUUGGUCUGACAAACCUGCCGUUGCUUGUUGUCGGCCUUGUUGGGUCUCCCGUUUCAGGAUGGAUGGCCGAUAAAGUGAUUCGCUGCAUGGCCAAGCGUAACAACGGCAUCUAUGAGCCCGAAUUCAGACUGACCCUCAUGAUCCCUGGCGCACUUCUCUCCACAAUUGGUUUCUUUGGCCUGGGAUCCUCAAUCGCACAAGGUGCAAAGAUUGGAUGGCCAUUGGCAUUCAUUUCUUUGCACUCUCUUGCAAUCCCGUUCGCAAGCCAGGCUGCGUUUACUUACGUUGUUGACUGCCACCCUGAAGACGCCAACCAAGCCUUUGUCACCAUUGGACUCGUGAAGGCUAUCCUAACAUUCUUAGUUACCACGUCUGUGAACGGUUGGUUCGCGUCUCAGGGUGCAAAGAUGGUUUUCUGGUCCAUUGGAGGGUUGAAUCUGGGAAUCUGCCUGCUUACGAUUCCCGUGUACGUCUUUGGAAAGAAGUUUCGAGCAUUGGUAAGGAAAGCCCGUAUUGAAAUCUGUCACAAAAUCUAG